AUUCCGGAGUAAAAGCAUGAUAAUCGUUAAAAAGUGGGCAGAGCAGGGGGAGACAUCACCGCCCACUUUCUGAUGAUAGCAGGUUGUGCGGCCUCCUCUGUUUUGAUUCACAGCUCGGACAGGCGGGGCAGAGAUGGCGGAAGACUGGAAGUCCGGGUAACUACUUCAAGCUACCCCACUACUGAGAUUAAACUCCGUUGUACUAAAUAACAUAACGGGGAAGCUGGCAGCCUUACACGGUACUCGAUUCCGCCCGGAGGAGAUGGAGAUAUCGGCGGAGGGUGAGGCGGAGGAGCGCAGGAAGGAGCACUGGAAGCUACUGUCCAGCCUGAAGACCACAGUAGAGGGUCUUUUGUCCACCAACAACCCCAACGUGUGGUCACGUUAUGGUGGGCUGCAGCGGCUCCACAAGGACAUGAACAACAUCCUGAGCCAUGGACUAAAAAACGAGCAGGUGUACUACAAGCAGAGAGACUACUGGCCUUUUGUGUGGUGUGUUCGCUACAUCAGCCCCCACCUCGCCUCGCACGUUGAACAGUUCAGCCACCUGGAGCCGGUACUGACCAGCGGGAUGCAUAGUGGCGGUGAGAGCUACAAAGCUGAGCGCUGGCUGCUUCACAGCUUACAGGUUCACAUGCUGUCCGCUCAGCUCCGACCUCUGCUCCGGCAUCUGGGGCAUACACGUAAAUACUAUAAUGAUGAUGCCUUUCUGCUGAGUGAGCCCCAUGUGACCGCCAUGUUCCAGUGUCUGGAAGCUGUGGAGCAGAAUAACCCCAAACUGCUGGCCCAAGUAGACACUGUCGGGCUGUCCCCUCUGAAGGGCCCACCAUGUCUGGGCCUAUUGAAGAGCCAGAGCCUGUGUGUGUUGCCAGGGGCUGGUGGGGUUUGGCGGAACGCUGACUUAGCUCCCAGAGGAGAGUCUCUAAAUCGCAGACUCACCACCUCGAACUGCUCCCUCCGAGAAGCAGUCGCCACCAGCCACAACUCUGGGAACAAUUCGGGAGUCGGAUCUCAGAAUAACAACAGCACAAACACUAUCUCUCCAGCCAGCAGCCUGGGAGCUCCCUGGGUGUGUGUGUCCCGGCCGGGGGAGAGCGAGCGGGGUGUGACUCCCCCUCCCGGCUCUGCCUCGGUCCCUUGUAUUUCCCUCACAGAGUCCCCCUCGUCCACCUCCCUUCAGCCUGAGGCCGGGGACUCUGGCGACGGCGAGUACGACGAUGGUCCUGAAUACCUCGCUAUCGGUAACCUGGGGCAACGCACCCGCCGUGACUCCCGCAGUUCUACCCACAGCAGUGAGCAGGGCGUCACCCAGGACCAAUCUCUGCAACGGGGUUCCCUAGCCCCGCCCCCACCCAGACGUUCAUCUUUCUCAGAGGGCCAGAAGGGGCCGGGUCGAGGGUCCAAGGGCCACACCCGCUCGUUGUCUGACACAGGGGUCAAUCAAAAACUCAGGAAUGAAUCGGCAGAGGACGACUGCUGCAUGAAGGACUACAGCCCUUUCUCACCUCAGCGCAAGGAUUCCAGCACUCCGAGUUCCCUCUACAUGGAGUCUCAUGGGUCCCAGUACAGCAGUGUUCCAGAUGGGAUGUUCAGGAAGCCGUCAGAGGGUCAGAGCCUCAUCAGCUACCUGUCAGAGCAGGACUUUGGCAGCUGUGCUGACCUUGAGAAGGAGAACGCUCAUUUCAGCAUUUCAGAGUCUCUCAUUGCUGCCAUCGAGCUGAUGAAGUACAACCUGCGCCGUCAGGAGGAGGAGGGCGAGGAGGAGGGGGACAGUGACUGUGAGAUCCAGCAGCUCAAACAGAAGAUCCGCCUCAGAAGGCAGCAGAUCCGACGCAGCCGCCUGCCGCCCUGCACAAACUCCCAGCACAUUUUCCACUCCACUGACAGUGGUGGCUCCAGGAGGAGCUCUCAGGACUCCUGCCAGGGCCUGUCAGACUCCGGCUCUGCUGAGGAGGUGGAGGAGUGCGAACUACGAGAUGGCUGUGAGGGUCAGUCCCUGCUGGCGGUGUCUCAGAACGGCCUCUCCCUGUCACUCGCCUCCCUCUUCUCAGAUGCAGACAUUAAGCGCAGCGUAAGCUCCAGCGGCAGGUCUUUUCUCAGCUCGGAGUCCAUCUCUCCAUCCUUCCUCCAGUCUAACUCAGCUGAGUCAGUAGCCAUGGGUUUACUCAGGCAGUUUGAGGGCAUGCAGCUUCCUGCAGCCUCGGAGCUUGACUGGCUGGUUCCAGAACACGACGCUCCACAGAAGCUGCUGCCCAUCCCCGACUCUAUGCCGAUCUCGCCUGAUGAUGGUGAACACGCAGACAUCUACAAGCUUAGGAUUCGGGUCCGGGGCAACCUGGAGUGGGCACCGCCCCGACCGCAGAUCAUCUUCAACAUUCAUCCCGCCCCCAAGAGGAAGAUAGUUGUGGCUAAACAGAACUACCGCUGCGCUGGCUGUGGCACCCGCAUCGACCCAGAUUAUAUUAAGCGACUGCGUUACUGUGAAUACCUCGGCCGUUACUUCUGCCAGUGCUGCCAUGAGAACGCCCAGGCGGUUGUUCCCGGCAGAGUGCUGAGGAAGUGGGACUUCAGCAAGUACUAUGUCAGCAACUUUGCCCGGGAUCUGCUGAGCAAGAUCGCCGGAGACCCGCUGUUCAACCCCAAUGACAUCAACAGUGGCCUGUACAAGAAGAUCAAAGCUUUGGAGGCCGUCAGGGUUUUAAGGAUGCAGCUGUUUCACAUGAAAAAUCUCUUCAAGACCUGUCGCUUUGCUAAAGAGGUGCUGGAUCAGUUCGACAGCCUGCCAGGUCACCUGACCGAGGACCUUCACCUCUUCUCCCUCAAUGACCUCAGUGCUGUGCGCAACGGGGAACUGGCUCCCCGCAUGAAAGAGCUGCUUAAACUUGGUACCAUGCACGUAGCUGGCUGUGUGCUGUGCCAGGCGAAGGGCUUUGUGUGCGAGUUCUGCGGCAACGACAAAGACAUCAUCUUCCCCUUCCAGCUGAACAAGUGCCAGCGCUGCGAAGAGUGCCACGCGUGCUACCAUCGCAGCUGCUUCCGGACAGGUAAAGACUGUCCUCGAUGUCACAGGCUGGCAGAGCGCAGAGAGAGGAUGGCGCGCAAAAACAUGGAGGAACAAGAGGACGAGGGAGGUGGGCCUUAGUGCUGGUGUCAGAGGAAACUUUGAGACAGAAGAAGAGCACAAUGCGACCAUGAUUGUAGUGACUGACCACCUCUCGUUUCCGUUCCAGUCCUCUCAGACCUGGGUGACGAUACUGAAAACAGAUGUUUUGAUCUCAGUGGAUUGCCAGAUGUGCAGUUAUGUUAGUGUGGCUACUGUUGAUUUUUUUGGAUGCAUCUAGUGUGAACUAAACCCCUUUCACACAUGCACUUUACUCUAAAUAAUAGUAGUUAUUUUAGCGUAAUUUUUGAAUCAGGAACUUUAAUUUGGUUUCCCACAAAUAUUGAGUGACUUUUUUAGAGAAAUUUUUCAGCCCAUGCAGGAUUUCUUUACGGAAACAUGGGAUAUUCCAGCACUUUUCUUUUAGCUAGACAUGGGUUCAUCCUCAAUAUUUAAUUCCUAAAAUAAUUAUUUAUUCACAUUUCCUAGAGCAUAAGUAAAAAUGUAGGAUUUGUCUGACACUAGUAACAGGACAAAAAAAGACAUGGCAUUUAGGGUUGUCCUGAAUCCUUUUUUUGUGCUUUCGUGACAAUUACCUGCAAAUAUUCGAAGCUUCGACAGGACGUGAUGUGACCCGGUUGAGUGUGGGGUAAUAUAAUUCAACUACCCGACCCGCUGUGUGGGCGAGAGAGUGAUAAAGAGGGUGGACUAUUCCAUGCAGUGUUUCUGCAAGUCACACUUGCCACCUUAUUGUAGUUUCCUUCUCGAGUUUACUGUUGAAAAGUCAAAACAAAAAAACAAAGCAUUUAAAUACGGAUCUGGACGUCGAUUACCAUGGCAACGAUUGAAGUUUCGAAGCAUGCGGGUCAGCCCUAGUGGCAGUUGUGUGACAAAUCCACGCUGAAUCGUACAGGGAUAUUUGACGCUGGCCCUGUCGCUGCUACAUGUGUGAAACAGGCCUGAGAUUCACUAAACAUCUCGGCACUUUGUUCCUCUGUGGUAAAACCGAUAUAUUUGAGAUUAAAGUAGAUCACAAAACAAGUACCGUAAAACUCAGAAUAUAAGUCACACUGGCAUAUAAGUCGCAGUAUAUUUUUUAAGGUCUCAAACAGGGAAAACAAGGUUUUAUAUUACUAUUUGUUAAUAAAAAUGUUAUACAAGUUAUUCCUACACUGUUUCCCUUUUAUUUUUAAUUUGAAACACAUUCAAAACACAAUAACCUCUUAAGCAGCUUUGGUUACUUUUCAGAUUGCAAUUUUCCAAACAACCUCUUCAGGAAAUAAAAUUACGGUAUAACAACACCUGAGCCAUAAAAAUUAGUUUAAAUUAACGUUAAACUUCUUUUUUCUUUUUUAAGAAGACAGCAUUACAGUACCUUAUUACAGUGUGGGCUGUAACUAUACAUGCUUACUCAAAUCCCAAAAAAGAAUGAGUUUAAAUUACUACGUAGCGCCAUCUUGUGGGUCAAAUUACCUAUGUCAGCAUUUACCUUGGUCUAUAGGUCGCACCGGUCUAUAACCCGCACCCAACUUUUUAGAUGGAAAAAAAGGGGAAAAAAGUGCGACUUAUACACCAAGUUUUACGGUAUUUGUUCAGACUAUUGUACCCAGGUUUGAUAGUUCUCCUUCCUUCAAUUGCAGCUUCCGGCAACUGCUUCAACUCUGGUAAAUUUCUUGGCUACUGGCUUAGCUGACGUUUGUUUUUGUGACCUAAAAUGGCAGGAUCUGUUUUUAAAAAAGAAAUGAAAUGGCAAGUACAAAGUUUAGAUUUUUUUUUUUUUACUUUUUGUCUGACUUUUCAGUGCAGAUACUGUAUUUGAGCAAUCCUGCCCUUUAUGUUGAGGUUUUUAUUUUGAUUUGAAAAUACUGAAGAUAUUUAACUAAUCUGUUUUCCUCCCCCCGUCCUUACUGUCCUGUUUUAGGCUCUUUUAGCCACGCUUAUGUGCCUCUGGGACCAAUGAACUUAGACUGGUAGAACUAGCGGAGUUACAUUGGAAAUGACUUUAUAGAAGGACUGGACUCCAGAGUUUUAGAGUCGUGUUGCAGAUAUUUUAAAUGAAACUACAAAUGCUCCAUUUUUGUGCUGCUUUGUGUGAGCGAGCGAGCGAGCGUGCGCGUGCGUGUGCGUGUGUGUGGUUACUAGAAGAAGCUGUGUGAUUAAGAGUGCUUGAGUGUGUGUGUGCACACAUGUCUACCUGCUGUACAUGCAGCCAUGCACAAAUGGUUUGCACCAGCCUAAUCAGCACUUGUUUUCUAAUGUUGUAGGUUUUGGAACAAUAAGAAAGUCGAGUUAAUUGCACUGAUCCUGUCUGUCGUUGUUGGAGGGUUGAGUUGGGACGUCACUCGUUGAGGUUUUUUCUGUAGUUCAUGAUAAAAGUAUGAACUUUCACCAUGAAAUCUGUUUCUUUCAUGAAGCUUUUAUCACCUGGGUUGCACUUUAUUGUGAGGGGUGUCAAUUCAAAAUAAGAGAGCCACAAUUUAAUAGCAAAAUCAUCACCAUUCAUCACCUCUAAGACAGAAAUUCUUCUUAUUUAAGUGGGUUUUCUCCUCCAGCAGAUCUUAGCAGUCUAGCACAGGGGCUCCCAACCGUAUCGGCCCUUAAAAGAACAUCAUAAAGGUAUACUAUGCAGAAUUGUUGCUUACUUUUAGUGCAUACCCUCGCCAUUGAAAGUGAAAGUAAAAGCCACCCCCAGAUUCACUCUCGUUCGGCGCUUGUCACGCUCAUAAACGUCCCGAACACAGAACAUGAGGAGAAAAUAGAGCCAGAGAAAUAAAAGAAAUAAACUGCCACACACUUCUAGUGGGCCCUAAGUGAUUAUUGAGAGGUAUUACUUUUGUAUGAGUCUAUACAUUGCUUUUUAAGACAAUCCUGAAUAGUAUAUCUUUAAGUGUUUGGAAAAUAGGUAUGCUAAGUAUGUAGCUGGGGCCAGCAGCUGGUUAGCUUAGCAUAAAGACUGGCAACAGAGGGAAACAGCUAGUCUGAAUAUGUCAGAAAAGGCCUGCCAGCACUGAUAAAGCUGCAGCAGUUGAACAAAACUAGUUUUUCUUUCUCUGAUUGUUUUAUCGGAAGGAUUUGUAGAAGCCCCCAAUAGGUAGAAGUAUGCAGUAUUUAACCAGAACAAAGCAGAAAAAUUAUGGAAAAGUAAGAAAAAAAUAAGAAAAUUUGACAAAACAUGUUUUUCUUUCUUUCCUUUUUUGCACUUUAAAUCAUCUUAUGACCUCUCAGAUCUAUCUUGGGACCCCUUAGAUUUGAAACCACUGGUUUAGUAUAUAUUAUAAAGACACUUCUCACAUGCUACGGCUCAUGUGGGCUGCUUUAUGUAUCAUGAGGCUGAGUUUGUUUCUAUGGCUUCAUCUCAACUAUCUAAUCAGCAGCUCUAUAGUGAGUUAAAUUAACCACCAGAGUAUGUUGGGAAAAAAAAGAACUUAGAAAGAUAGUUGUGGGAAAACAAAUAUGCAGCCCACUAAUUUAAUCAAACCCUUUCCCCUUGAUUUCAGUCCUAGGUACAACUUUAUAUGUACAAGCCUAUUAAUAGAUCAUCCUCCACAGUACGUACCGUCCUCAUUAGGCUUUGAAUAUGUGUACGAUCCCUCACGAGAUAAACUCUCAUGAGACACCACUUAAAGCAAUGAACGUGAUAUUCAUGUCCCUGAGGCCUCACAGAGUAGAAUUAAAGAGAAAAGCUGCGCCCGUGUCUUUAGUUUUAACUCGGCUGCCUCUAAAGGAAACACUGAACCGUUCAGCUCACGGCUCCUGAACCAAGUAGCCCCUCGACUCCACUGAAAGCCUCCUCAACUCAGCAGAUUGUUUGUCCUUUGACUGCCUUUAACAUGGAGGUGUGCGGAGGUUUAUAGUGCACUACAGAUCAACAUGUCUAUUAUUAAAAAUGUUAAUUAUUGUUAUUAUGAUGUAUUAUUUGUGUUCAUUUGUCUUUGUUCUGUAAGUAUGAUGACAAUAAAAGACUGGCCAGACUGUU